GACCGAGACCGAGACGCCAUAAACAAAAAACACCCCAGAGAAUUUAAGUUAAACCCGAAACCGUAAACCAAUUGAAAAUUAAAAUUUUUCUAAACUCCAUUGAUCUCAAAGUUUCUUGUCCAAGUUCAUGAACCAUCACUUCUAUAAAUACCCCCAUCCACCUUUGACCUUCCCUUCCAAGUUCCAAUUUUCAAUUCAACACCUUCCCUCAUUCUCUCUUCUCUCAAGUCCCAACAUAACAAGAACAUUAAAAAAUAUAUAUAUUAGGGACACGAAAUGUUCGAACAAAGUGGCUUGGAUUCCGAUUUGGCCCUUUUGGACUCCAUUCGACGGCACCUACUGGGCGAUUCCGAGGAACACAAAUUCGGAGCCCCGAACGUUAAUUCGGGUAACAUUCCACUUUACUCUCGGAGCUCCAGUUUCAGCAGGUUGUACCCGUGUUUGAGCAAGGAUUGGGGCGAACUUCCUCUCAAAGAAGAUGAUUCAGAGGACAUGCUACUUUACGGCGUGCUUCGCGACGCCAUCAACGUCGGCUGGGUCCCAUCUCUCGAUGCGGCUUCGCCGGUCACCGUCAAAUCGGAGCCCGAUCUGUUUCCGCCUCCGGAGCCGGGCAUUGCCGCUGCGGCGGUGAAGAAGGCUGCACCGGCGGCGGCGAAGGGGAAGCACUACCGCGGCGUGCGGCAGCGGCCGUGGGGGAAGUUCGCGGCGGAGAUCCGUGACCCGGCUAAGAAUGGGGCGCGGGUUUGGCUCGGAACCUUCGAAACGGCUGAGGACGCGGCGCUGGCUUACGACCGAGCCGCCUACCGAAUGCGCGGCUCCCGGGCGUUGUUGAAUUUCCCGCUCCGUGUCAACUCGGGCGAGCCCGAACCGGUUCGGAUCACGUCCAAGCGGUCCUCGCCGGAGCCUUCGUCUUCGUCGGAGAGUGGGUCGCCGGGGAAGCGGCGGAGGAAGGUGGCGGCGGGUGUGGGUGUGGCGGGUGAUGGUGGGUUGAUAACUGGGCCUGGGCAAGUGGGAAGUCAAGUGGGUCAGUGCACACGUGCGGAGCAGUUGUUGGUUAGUUAAUGCGUAAUGCUGACGUUGGAUGCAUUGUAAAAUCCACUUUGUAGUUAUCUGAUUCUGUGAUGCGUGUGGCACUGGCACCAUGCUCUUAUCAUUACAUUAUGAUUAUAAAAUAAUAAUACACCCUAAGGGAGAGGACAGUGCCACUCUGCAAAUAUGGAUUCAGAUGCUCACUCCUUCCUCAAUCCUCAAUCCUCAAUCUCAUACAACUAUAAGUUAUUAGGGUUGCAGGUUUUCUUUCGGUUUGUGAAUACAAUAUUUGUUAUUUUUUGGUUCAA